GCUGACGGUUCAUGGGUGAAAGCAUGGUGCUUCCAACACUAUAUGAAUCAUAACUAUCUACUUGGCCAUUUUUGGUUUCGGAAGCUAAUUUAUUGCUAGGUUGAGUGUGGCUAUGCUUGGCAUCUCCUGAUUGUUGUUUGGGAUUGGUGUCAUGGACAGAGAAGCAGUGCUAUACUGUUAUGGGGGUUUUUCGGAAAAAAUUGAGAUGUGAAUGUGGAUAUAUUCAGUCAAGAUUGGUGUGACUUGAGCAGCUGACAAGUAGAACAUCUUGGAAUAGUUCCUCCAACAAUUAAUGGUGGAAGACUGGGUCAUCAAAACAAUGUAUGCAACUAAGCGCCGCAGGAGAACCGUCAAAAGCCCCAAGGCCCCUAUAAAGGAUCCUCCUAAAAGCAACCCCAGUAAGCGGCACCGUGAGCGCCUCAACGCAGAGUUGGACCAUCUUGCUAGUCUCCUGCCCUUUGAGCAAAGCGUCAUUUCUAAGUUGGAUAAACUCUCUAUACUCAGACUGGCCGUUAGCUACCUCAGAACCAAAAGCUACUUUCAAACAGUGCUGCCAAACCGCUAUGGCAUGGAGUCUCAUUUGAUGGGAAGGUCUCAUUUAUUCCAAGAACCAGGAUUCUCAGAGGGAGAGAGCAUAUUGCAGGCACUGUACGGGUUUUUAUUUGUAGUCACAUGUGAUGGAGAAGUGUUUUAUGCAUCUAGGACUGUAGAGCAAUACCUUGGCUUUCAUCAGUCGGACAUCAUCCAUCAGAGUGUAAUGGAGUUGAUACACUCAGAAGACCGGGAUGAGUUCAAACGCCAGCUGUCCUGGUCGUCCGGCCUGCCACAGGAAAAGUCCAAUAUUCCUCUCCAUGAAGUUAUGUUACCAGAAAAUCAUCAUUAUCUCCAUCGGUCAUUCACAGUACGAUUCCGCUGCCUCCUUGACAACACAUCAGGGUUCAUUACAUUAGAGAUCAAUGGUUGGAUACGAGUCUUGCAUGGACAGAACAUCCGUGCAGAAGAGCCACAACUAGCACUGUUUGCGACAUGCUGUCCGUUCGGACCUCUGUCGUUGUUUGACAUUCCAUCUCGGGAACUGACCUUCAAGAGCAAGCACAAGAUGGACUUCUCCCCAAUCACCAUGGACAGCAGGGGCAAGAUGAUGUUUGGUUAUGCAGACCAUGAGUUGGCGUCAACAUCCGGCUACGACCUUGUCCAUCCCGAUGAUCUCUCCUACUUUGCCGCCGCCCAUCAGGAGUUGAUAAAAACAGGCAGUUCUGGCCUGAUUGCCUACCGAUGGCUGACCAAGUCUUUCCGAUGGCUGUGGCUUCAGUCCAGUUGUAAGGUCAUCUACAAGAACAGCAAGCCAGACUUCAUAAUCUGUACUCACAGGCAGCUCACUGAUGACGAGGGUCAGGACCUGUUCGGCAAGCGAGGGAAUGAGUUCAAGCUUCCAUACCCACUCCUAGACAUGGACCUGUGUGCAGGCUUCGGAUUCCCAGAGGAGGAUCUUGUGUCCAAGAAACCAAACAAGAACAAGAAGAAAGCUCAGGGGCGAGAAUAUUCCCAGAACACCAAGAAGAGGAAAGGCCCCUGUCCCCUGAACGUCUGCAGUAGCUACGGAGGCUACGCGCCUUUCAACUAUGAUGCUGGGGAAUACAAGUCAGACAUUGUGUAUCCUAAUAAUUUUGGAUACGACUCUGAUAUAUAUCGCUCCAAUGUGUAUGGGUCACUGACCGGUUCAAUGUAUCCUAGCUCGGAUGCAUACAGACUAGAAUCUGACAAACAUGGGCUCUCUAAUGGAUACAUUUUGGAUCCUCGACAAUAUCAGCCAUCUUUACCUUACUCCACAAACAGUUAUGCAGAUAUCAUCACAACAGCACCAAAAUAUGGUCUGGACUAUGGCUACGGCUUUGACCUUGCCAAGAAGGGUGUGUGCGAGGAAUUACCCUUCUAUGAAAAUGACUCACGGAAAUAUGGAUAUGAUUUCCAUCAUCAUGAACGCUUUCCAUCUCGUCUGAACGGGUCUCUGGAGCCAGUGGAUCUCCGUUCAGCAUCUGUGUACAAUGCAAACUCAUUCAUGAACACAAUAGAAGGGGCUGUUGCCCCUCCUUGUAUACCAUCUUCAACGCUUUUCCGGUCUGUCCAUAAUCAGGGAGUUUAUCCUAAAGACACUAAAAUGGACACAAGGUCAUCACCAGACCCUGUGGUCAAUGGUCAAGAUCUCGUGCAACACUCUCUCAACCACAGAGACAGCUCUGUGAUAAAAAGCGCUGGACCUGGUGUUCGGGACAACAUUGGCUUGGACGGGAAUAUGACCCCGAAUGUGUUACAUAACAGUAAUAAGACCCCUGAUAUGAACGGGAGUGUUUGGGGGCACUGUGGAAAGGGUCCCCCUGCUUACCACCAACGAGGGAGUUUAGGGUCUGGUUCUGACCGCGGAACAAGUCCAGCUCAGUCGGAUCUCAGUGCAUCAGAACUGUCCAGCGGAACUCCUAAUAAAAAUGAUCUUGUGAUGAACACAAGAACAAGUCCCAAGAUCACUGGGGUUCCAGCCUCAGUCAUUCAUUCCAAUCCCUCCUGUGACAAACAACAGCAACAUCAACAGCAGUCUGUGAUGGGGGGCAUCCCUGUCCCUGUUGUGAAGGCAUCACCAUGGGUAGCCACCCAUCACUACAAUAACAACGCCUACACAGACAAGGACUGGGGCACUGGCUCAGACAUGUAUGCAUGUGCAUCCAAGAGAGCUAUGUUGGCUGAUACCGUGGCACAUCAGAAGCACCUGGCAUUGAAGAGUGUCACAGACAGGGGAGAUAAUCCAUUACUUAGUUUCUCUGAGAUGACCCACACAUUGCUAAGUGGCACCCACUGAUAGAGGCCAACAUGAAACUACAUGUGUCAAAAUGAACACUUUUUCUAUUUAAGUGUCAGAGCUCAAGGUGUACUUAUGACCUUGACCUAUCUUGUUGACCUUGGACUAAAGCACAGUAACUCACUGGAUAUUUUCAGCAGUGACAUGUGUCAAAUGUCAGCAAAUUAAUUUACAAGGUUUAUAUGUUGUCAAUCACAAUGACCUUGACCUUAUUUAUUUAAGUCAAAUUUGAGAUGGGUUGCCAUGUGAAAGACGAUGCAUGGUUGCACACUGCGAGAACUCAUUGUGGUAUGAGUGUAAAUACACUGUUUAUGUUAUGUCAUUAAAGAGAAUCUAUGUCACAAUAUUUUUCUUGUCCUAUAUGAUUCAUUAUAAUUGUACCUCGUUGUUACUUACAUCAAGUCACAAAGAAAAUAUAAGUCCCAGCAGAACUGGCUUUAGUAUCCAUGAGAUCGUUCUUUACAAUGGGAAAACAUAAUGCAUACUAUUAAACUCUUUAUUCUCAUAUACUUGUUUCACUACAGAUAUAUGCAUUUGUCAUUUUUUAUUAGUGCUGUCAAUAUGGUCACUGAUAUUAUUUUAUUGUAUGUUUUGUUUAGGUUUGCUUAUAUACAGCUUUUUUUACACAGUCAUUUUUGUUAAUUUAUUUACAAAGCUUUUCACCAAAUAUUAUAAUAUGACCUAUGGAUUCAGCUUUAAAGUGUACUACAUUAAAUGCACUUGCUCGUAGAAAUAUCCUGUAAAACAUUUAUCUCUGCAUUGAACAAGAAAUUCAGGCUUAAUACUAGCAGCUUUAUCAACAAGCAAUUCAUUUGUUAAAAGAUAGUGUUCUUUACACCCAACAUAAUUUUUUUCAUUUUUCAAUGUUUGAAGUUUAUUUGUGGACUGCUCAUCAGAUAUGUACAUGUUUGUGAUAUUGUGUUCAAGUAUUUACUGUAGAAAAUGGAGUACAGUAGACAUUUUGUAUUGUAGUACUUUUUCAAAAUGAUGAUUAACAAGUGAAGUCACACUACAGUAUCAAAAAUUAUCUGAAAAUAUUUGCUCAAUUAAUAACACUAUUUCUGUAAAUAGGUGAACAAUAAUGAGGACAAUUAUAUUCUCCUUAUAGUCUGCAUAUGUUAUGGCCUAUGAUUUUUAGCAAUCUUGACGUGUCUCUGUCAAGCAUCUCUGUUUAUGUUGUGUAUUUGUGUUUACUUUGACAAUCCAAUGAAGCACUCAGUAUUGUUUUUUAAUAUGCGCCAAUAUUUCUUGUGUCCCCUCUAUUAAUUCUAUUGGUUUUGCCAAAUGACAAGUGCUAUGAUUUUAUUUACAGCUUUUCUCAGCAUGCUCCAGAUGUUUGUUUGUAUAUUUUGUUGAAAAAUAUAUUUUGAAAGGUUAUGCUAUUUUCAUUUGGUGUUGCCAGGAAUAGCACAUUCAUUAAACACAAAAGAAUUUCAUUUUUGAAGUGUUCAGCAUUUUAAUUCAUCCUCAUUUUUUAUUUAUGACAUGUUAUUGAUUACAAUGAUUCAUCAGUCAUAAGAUGCAGUGGUAAGUUAGGAGUUCAUUUAUGAACUUAAAAAUCUAUUUUUAGUACUAACUAGUAAGUAUAUUACACUUAGUCUCCUGGAAACAGAGUUUGUUCAACAUAAGAAUUGACAGAUAUUUAUGCCUUCUCAAUUCUUAAGAAUUAUUAUUAGAAUCAAAUAACGUGAAGUAUGUCAGCACAACAUGACCAAGGAAAAAUAAAAUACCAUGGAUCUCAAUAUCCUUUUGUGUAUUCAUAAUUUUCUGUUUCUUUUUCUAUUACAUGCGUGCUAAGGGUUCAAAUUUAUGGUCUGAACACUCAGGUUAUUUGAUUUUGAAAGUUACUUUUGGAGGUUUAACAUUAAGUAGAUACAGGUUUAAGUAAAUAUAAGAUAAAUAUAGGCAAUUGUUUGGUGAUUUUUUUCUCACAUGUUUGUGAAUACUUUGUUUGGUUCUGAGUAGUAAAAAUAUAAUACAGCCAGGGAUAUCUUCAUGUAAACUAGGGAAUUUUCAUCAUAGUAAAUCUGAAAUGUUACUGUAUAUAUGAAUGUUAAAUGAUUUUAAGAACAUCCAUUGCAACCUAUAGGUGCUGAAAUAGUUAUUCCAACUCUCAUAUCAUCUUUGUCGUUCUCGCCAUCAUCAUAGUCAUCAUCAUCAUGUAUUUAUUAAGUCCCAGGCUCAAAGUUGUAAUUAGUGGUUGUACAUAUGUAUUAUUUUGUUAAAGUGUCGAAAUGUGUGUUUAGUUUGUGAUGGGAAACAUCAGUGUUGAUUGCACUGAAAUGAUACAACGCAACCUGGCAAUCAUCUUGCCAUGACCUUGGGAUACAUGUGACCUUGACCCAGAAUAAGUCUCAAACUUGCCAUAAUAAUUUAUCUUUAUUUCCAUGAAUCUUGUGAAUAAAGUUGAGAAACUGGA